CCCUUGUUGAGCCCUUUUGUGACGCUGCACCAUUGUGGUCGCCAGGCUCUGGCUGCUGUGCUCCUCGGAGAGGGUGGUGGAGGCACAUCUGAGAAGAGUGUAUCUGGACGAGUGAAGGGGUUAGGAGGAAAUGUCGCUUACUUGCGCACUGUGGUUCCGGAAAGGCCUUUUCCGGAGAGGUCGCUCGGGAGCUGAGGCUGACCGAGCACUCUCCCAGCAGUCUGACUCCGAGGCCAAAGGCCGGGGUCAAGGAGGAGCUUGGCUUUGUUGUGAGCGAUGGAAGCGGAAGCGGAGCCAGGAGUGUGCAGCUCUCGCUGCAGAGCUCCACACCUGCAGGGAGCAGCUCGUGCAGAGAGAGGAGGAGAUCGCCAACCUGAAGGCGGAGAGAAACAACACCAGGCUGCUGCUGGAACAUUUGGAGUUCCUCGUCUCCAGGCACGAGAGAGCUCUUCAAAAAACAGUCAUACGGCGACAGGCGAAGACUCCGGCCGGCGUGUCCAGUGAGGCGGAGGUGCAGAGCCAGAUGAAAGAGCUCCUGGCUACCCUGUGCACUCUCGUGGCCAAGCUGGAAGAGGACCUAGACAUCUCAAGGAAAGACCUCAUCCUUUCUGAAGCAAUGAACACCAUAUUACAAAGAGAUGUCCGUGAAGCCCUGGCCCAGAAGGAAGACAUGCAAGACAGGAUCACUACCCUUGAGAAGCGCUGCCUCAGGGCACAGCACAAAGCCACCUCUCUGCACGACCUCAAGGAUAAACUCGCAAACGAGAUCGCAAAGAAGGACUGUCUGCAUCGACAGACUGCGGAUCAAAACGGCCAGUUGGAAGAGCGCCUGGAGGUGGCGGAGCGGAAGCUGCAGCAGACCCCGAGGAAGGCCAAGUCGCUGCCCGAGGUGGAAGCCGAGCCGGCCCAGAGGGUGGCCACCCUCUGCAAGGCCGAGCAGAGGGGUGGCACCAUCGAGGAAAGGCUGCGCCAGAUGGAGGCCCAGCUGGAGGAAAAGAACCAAGAACUGCAGCGGGUACGUCAGAGAGAACUACUAAAGGAAGAGACUAAUCAACAUCUGUCCAGCACUAUUGACAAGCUCCUUGCCGAAUCUGACGAGCGUCUUCAGCGACAUCUAAAAGAGAGAAUGGCUGCUGCGGAAGAUAAGGAACACCUUCUACAGAAGAUGGAAGCACUGAGCGCCAUAUUAAAGCGGGCAAGAUUGAGAGGCUCUUCGCUUCACCAUAGGCGGACGCACGUCAGCAGCAUCCCAGCUUCCAGGUUCCGUCCGGCGGAGAGCCCCACGGAUGCCAGCAGCAGCAGCAGCAGCAGCGCGGUGUUGCGGCACCACCGGAAAGGCCGUGUGGCCCGUCUGCGACAUGAGCCUUCCAAGUUUACCCACACUGCUUCUACCGAUGGUCUUGCAGCACGCAGAGCCCAGCAGUGACUACAUUUGAAAACUUCAACCAGAUCUUUCAUCUGUUAAUCCUUGUUAUGUGGACCCUGAGAUAUUUUAUUACAGUAUUUAAUUACUGACAAAUUCGUGAAUAGGAUCGAGAAACUCAUUUAGCAUUUAAUGUUUCGUACAUUUCUGUAAAUUUGUCACUCCCUAUAGAUAGUUCCUUACUUUCAUGUAUAUCCGGGCUAUAAAUAUCCUUUGGAAUCAAUUGAUGUUCUUAUAUCUCAGUUUAGUCUUUCAAGUGUAUGUACUAUCAUGGUUGUAUGUAUAAAUCCUACGACAAAUACAGGGCUUUUAUAACCUGUG